AAUGUAUUGUUUCACCUUACCUGUCUCCGCAAUGGUUGGCGGUACGUGUGCAUGUGAAAGAGAGGAAAAGGUGAUUCAACAGGUAUUUCCUCUUGAGCCGUGGUUAUGCGUGCAUGUGUGUCUGUGGGAGGCGGUGAAAGAGGUGGCGAGGAGGAAAGCAGAAGCCAAGAGGUCGGAACGAGGGAACAGUUAGAUUUUCGCGGUCGGCGACUGUUCAAACCACACCAUUCGAUUCAGUGUGUAUUUUCCACUUCCCAUUGAGACGCGAUUUUCUCUCUGUCGCACGGAAAAAUCCACGUGAUGCUGCGGGUGGCGGAGCGAGUGGUGGUUUGUGUGUGAAAAAAUCAAUUGACGCGCGGCACGCGGGGAAAAUAGAUUUGCGUGCAGUUGACAAGGGAGAGAGAUAGCUCUCUCUCGCUGGAUUAUGCAACAUGCCAUGGGGAUGAUGAAUAAAAAAUUGUGCUGGCGAUAGCUAACCUUAGAAGCAGUUAUCAGUGAAAUAUUGAGUGGCAAAAGCGCGAUUUCAGUUUCAGUCGAAUGGAAAGUGCCGGAGAAUUCAAUCCAUAUUGACACGUAAUCAAAAAUUUCGUGCCUCGAAAAACUGGCUUCUCGUGUCGGCUAAGUGGAGAGAGACACAUAUAAAACUCUUGCUUGGCUUGAAAGCCAUGUGGCUGUGAAUUUUUCCAUCUCUCUUUGCGAUCUAUCGUCUUGGAACAGUGAUUCUUGUGCUCCUCAGGAUGGAAAGAAUGUGGCAAAAACGUGCAAAUUGGCAGUGGUGAAGUAAAAGGAGUGAAUCACGAAUUGGAAAGGCGCGCAGAACAAUAUGGAUUUCAAUGACAAAAUGUUCAAUUUUGGAGAAGGAGAUUGGCCAUCGAGUCCAGAUGAGUUUCUCGAGUCUCUCUUCUCCAUGGAUGACACACUGAUUCCCGAUUUGGACGAUGAAGAGCAAAUAAAGCAGAUCACAUCGAGCCUCAUGGAAGGUGAUGAUCGGAUUUCGUCGUAUUCAGAUGAACCAGACUUUCCGGGAUUCGAUUUGAAGCCCGAUCUGGAUGGGAAUGGUCUUCUGCCUCUCUCGAGCGCCGCCUCGGACAGCGGACUCUCGAGUGAUCAUUUGGACUUAGAAAUGAGUCCUGAAUAUGAGCCUUUGAGUCCAGCCAUGUCAUCUCCUGGAGCUUCUGUGAGUGAACGCGGCGGGCAGAAUUCUCCGGUGCAGCAGAGUCUUCGCGUUGUGCGCAAGGAAGUGUACCAGGGCACGAAGAGGACUCGCGGUGCAGAUGACAAGGGUUCAGUGCUGAAUGUGGAGGAGAAGAAGAAGAAAGUCGAGGCGGUGCCGAAGGAGGUGAAACUGUACAGAAUGGCCCCAAUGAGUGGUGGCAACAGUGUGAAUAUUGUGGGAUCACAGGGCAGUCAUAUGGCGCCGGGAAAGAAAGUUACCAUCCAAUUGCAGAAAUCACAGCUCACGAAAUCGCCGGUGAUCAUAAACAAGGAUCACCUGACGAAUGUGGGGAGCCUGAAGAAGCUGGUGAGGGUGCAGAAUGGCACGGGCAAUGCGAGAUCGAUUCUCCUGCCGGUGACACUGCAGAAUGUGAAGGAUGUGCGAACGAUAAAGAUCAUCAAUGCGGGUGGAAGUAAGACCAGUCAUCCGUUGAUCAUUAAGCAGGCGGCGGCGAAUUUGCUGCAACAGUCAAAACAGGGACUCGUGCCGAAGAAUGUGAUGGUGCCGAAGGAGCAGUUGCUCGAUGAUUCCAUGUCUGAUCACACGUCAGAUGGCGAGAGUGUGGCGUGGGAUGAUAUCCUGUACAAGCCUAUGGUUUCCAAUAAUAUUGUGAAGGAGGAGCUUGACAUUGAUGAUGAUGAUUUGGAGGACACCUGCACAGAAUCCAGCGUUGCUGGCAACAAACUGAUACUCACGGCUGAGGAGAAGCGACUUCUGGCCAAGGAGGGCAUCAGUCUGCCGACAAACUAUCCGCUGACGAAGCAUGAGGAGCGUGAGCUGAAGAGGAUAAGGAGGAAAAUCAGAAACAAGAUCUCCGCCCAGGAUUCCCGCAAGCGAAAGAAGGAAUAUGUGGAUGGACUGGAAGAGAGAGUGAAGCAGUGCACAGAGGAGAAUCAGACUCUGAUGAAGCGCAUCAAGAUGCUGCAGAGCCAGAAUGCCAAUCUCACGAGUCAGAUGAAGAAGCUGCAGGCGCUGCUGUCGAAAGGGGCGAACACCGCUCAGCCAGCCACAUGCCUCAUGGUUCUCCUGCUCAGUAUGGCCCUCAUAGCGGCGCCCAAUCUCAAGCUGGGCAAGACGGCGAAGGAGACAGAGCUCGCCGAGGCGAUACAAGACAGUGUGCAAGAGCAGAAUCGCAACAGAAAUCUGCUGUUCGACAGCAAGGAUCAGUUUGUGGGCGAUGCUUUAGUGGAUGAGGAUGUGAACUUCGAUGAUCUGAUGACAUCGAGUGCUGCUGAUGUGCCUCCAUUUGUCUUUGACAGCGAGGACAUGUCGCCGGCGGCAAAGAAGGCGCGCUUCUAUGCGGAAUUGGAUCUGGAUGAUUCCACGUGGCAUCCGCCGGGCGGGCGGAAAGUGGAGGAGAGUGGACUGAAGAGUCCUUUAGGGGAUUUACUGAGUGGCAGAGAUGCUCUUAGUUCUGUGUCGAUGGCGUCGGGCUUUGACAAAAUCACUGCAGAUCUCGAUGUGGCGGCUGUGCAAGACAAGUUUGUCUUCAGCGAACCACAGAAGGUCAAUAAAUCACAAGUGACGAGCAAAUUUGACGAGAUGAUCGUGCAGGAUGUGUGAAGUUAUCGAGUAUUCAUUGCCUAAAGUUGGUGUUUAAUAUAUAUUUCGUAUGUUUAUGUUUAACUGCAAGAAUGUGAAUUUACUCGACUGACAGUCGUGAUUCUUAGUUACGUUGACCAGCAUUUAUUGUAGAAUGAUGCAAUUGAAAACCACUUCUUUCCUUAAUAAGUAGUUUUUUUAGUGAUAAAAAUUGAACUUCUUUUCCAUAUUUUGCCACUUUAUUGCUCACGCAUUAAUUUGAGGUUGAGACCUCAAAGGAAUAAUAAUUUAGGUGUCUUGCAUAACGAGAUCAUUUGGUUUUGAGUGAGUGCAAAAACUAGUUUAAUUUUCAAGUUUUGAUGAAAAAGGUGCAGAAAUCACUUAUUUGACAGCAAAUUUUUUCGCUGUAGAACGAAUGAAAUGGCGGAAAUUGUGAAAUUUGUAUGUAUUACUUUAUUAAUUAUGAAAAAUAAAUUGUUAUUCUAUUAAAUGUUGAUACGAAAAAAGCUUUCAAAAUAUCAGUGGAGAUUGAAUGAGAGGAGAAUUUGAAUUGCAGAGUGUAAAUAACACUCUAUAAGCUUAACCACAUGAAAAAUUAUAUUAUUUUACUUUAUAAUUCGAUGUCUAUAUUUUAUUGAAGUAAAGGAUAUAAAAGGCCCUGAAUCACUUUGGCGCUGGUAAAUGAUAAAUCCAAGAGGAAGAAGAGGAAAAACUCGAGGGAAAAAUGUGUAGAGAUGCCAAGAACCACCGUGGAAUUGUUGGUGAAAUGAAACUAUUUGUGUUAAUUAUGCAAAAAAUAUAUAUAUAUUUUAUUGUAACACAUAAGAUAGAAAGUAUAUAAUGUUAAUUUAUCGUCUAUGUAAGCAUCAUUUAUCUUUCUAUACAUUUAAUUUUCUCUACAAUUCUUAAGUCAGUCUUAAUAUCUAUAUAAUAUUUUUUCUUGUUUUGUGUACAAUUUCUUUUAUGUAAAAUUGCUUUUAAUAAAGUAAAACAAACUGAUAUAUAUAUAUAAUGUAUUGAGCGACAUACACUAAACUAGUGGAAGAAUUUUACAGAAAUAAAAUCUAUAAUGUGUAAUAUUUCACUUUAGAACUUUUACAGUCGAUUGUGGUGAAUUUUCCUUUCUCUUAUUUAUAAUUACUACCAAUAUUGGGAGAAAUAUAUUUCAAAGUAUUGCUCGUCAAUAAAUCAAUCCCCUAAUA